AUGAAAGGCAGACAAUUUUUGUCAAAAGUAUUUCGCAGGCACAGCUCAAAUUCUGUUUAUCUUAAAGAGAAAGAAAUCGCAACAAUCCCAAAAUACCUGCACGAGUACCUGUUUCGAACUGAAGCUCCUAUUACGGCUGUGCCAUGUAAAGUCAAACUUGAGUUACCCGCUCUACAAGGCAAUUCCCUACAAGAUCAUUUCGGAUGUAUAUCGGACACAUUAGUUGGGGAAUAUUUCAAGUUAUUAGAAGAAGGGACGGUUGUUUUCGAAAAAAAUGUUGAACUUCCGAAAACAUGGCAAAUGAAAACGGGAUGGUUACGAUAUACAAGAGAUGGUCGACAUCCUGAACCCGUUCCUUAUCCGCUAGAAGAUGUUUUUGUUUUCGAUGUUGAAACCUGUGUUUCUAGAGGUCAACUUCCUACUUUAGCAGUAGCUAUAUCCUCGGAAGCAGUAUAUGGAUGGUGCAGCGAGUUUCUUUUGAAUGAUUCGAAAUACCCGGAACAUACAAGGCUAAAACAUUUGAUUCCUCUCGGAGGGAAAGAUAUAAGUAGGAUAGCAAUAGGGCAUAACGUGGGAUAUGAUAGAGUUCGUUCACAAGAGCCUUAUCACGAAGAGGAUUCUGCUAUUCGAUUCAUGGAUACUAUGUCCAUGUGGAUACCAAUUUCCGGUAUGGCAGAUCACCAGCGUUCUAUGUAUGAAGUGGACGAUUUGGUUCUGGCUGAGGAAUUGAUGACAUAUUGUGCUAUGGAUUGUGUGGCUACAGGAAAAAUAUAUUCUAAGCUUUGGCCCAAGUUCAAAGAAAGAUUUCCUAGUCUUGUUACACUCUACGGCUUUCUUAACGUUGGCAACGCUUAUCUUCCCAUCAAUCGACAAUGGAACGAUUUCUUUAAAGUUAAUGAGGAAACAUGUGAGAAUAAAAAGGUGACGGCAGCUCAAGCUAUCGUCACUUGCGCAAAAUUGUUGAUAGAAGAAAAUAGUAACGGUUCUGCUGCACAGAACGAUCCGUGGAUGUGGCAGUUCGACUGGUCUUUAGAUAAAAAACAAAAUCAUCCUGGAUGGUUUUAUAAAUUGUUCAGAAAGCGAGCUCUCGUUCAAUCGGAUAUAUCAAAUUUGGUUAGUGAAGAUGUUGUGACAAAGAGUGCUAUGAUCCCUGCGAUUUUCGGUAUGACAUAUGGACCAUAUCCCGUAUAUAAAAGUAAAAGCCAUGGAUGGGGUUUCUUGGUACCUACAUCAAUCAGGAAGACUGUUCAAGAUCAGGACGAAGACUUUAACAUUCCUUCUGAUAGCAUCCAGGAGUUUGUUGAGAAAAAUAUGAAGAUAUCAAAAAAAGUUACUUUACCACUUGCUGCAACAGUCCGUUUCAGAGGAUGUGACUUCUACAAACUUCCUCAUCCGAGUGGAAGAGGGAAUGUAGGAGAUAUACUUUCAAAAAUGUUCGCUUCCGAACUUGAUGAAAAGCUUUUGAAACCAUCAAGAUAUCAGGAUCAGUUUGAAAAAGUUCUGAUGUCGUUAAGAUCAACACGUUUUUGGACAAGCUACAGGGAGAGGUAUCAUUCUGAAAUCCCUGUUUGGUACGAAAAGGAAGUUGGGACCGAUAAUGACCUUGUGGGUGCCAUUGCUCCAGCUAUUGUUCCUGCUGGUACUGUAUCAAGGAGAAGUGUUCAUAAACUGUGGGUCACCUUAACGAAUUCAGCUGUAACACCACCUGGGUUCAAACUUGUUGGAGCUGAUGUAGACUCUCAAGAACAAUGGUUAGCUGGCCUCUUCGGGGAUGCAAGUGCAGCCAAAUCUUUGCCUAUAAGCGAAAGAAGGGCAGGUGUCACACCAUUUAGUGAAAUGAUGCUAGUUGGAACAAAAAGUAAUGGAACUGAUUUACAUACAGUUGUUGCUAAACAGCUUGGAAUUAGCAGACAUAACGCGAAGAUUCUCAAUUAUGCUCGUUUAUAUGGAUCUGGUGAAAGACAUGCUGAAUUAUUCUUAAUCCAAAGUGGUGUCUCUGCUCAAAAUGCGAGAAUCAUCAGUAAAAAUCUGUUUGCACUGACUAAAGGAACUUUGAGCAGAUGGCAUAAACUUAAUAAAGUUUUACUACCUUUAGUUCAUAGAUUCAAUAACUCGGGAGGCAAACUAGAGUUUAUUGGGUUUGGUGGCGAUUUUUAUGUUCCUGCUUACUCUAAUUUGCAAUGUGACACCUUGAUUGAUUUCGAAAAGUAUGUGACUGAAUCAUUGAGGAGCCAAGAUAACUGCAGUAUUGGAACGGAGGACAUUGUUCAGUUUAUGUAUGAAAAUUCGGCGCAACCUCACUUUCUUUAUAAUGGAGGAUACGAAUCCGCCACUUUCAACUUCCUCGAGCAAGAAUCGCAAAAAAAGUUAUUACGAACACCCAUUCUGAACUGUCAAUUAGGUGACUCAUUAGCCCAGCUGCCAGAUGAAGCACCCGAUAGAGAUAGAUUCAACUUUAAAUAUAGAAGAUCAGUGAUGAAUUGGCUUGUUCAAUCAUCUGCUGUAGAUUUCUUACAUCUACUUUUGGUAUGCAUGGAAUGGCUUUGUAACGAAUAUUCAAUCAAGCAUAGGUUUGUAAUAUCAAUCCAUGAUGAAAUAAGAUACUUAUGUCCCGAAGAAGAGGCUUCAAGACUAGGUUUAGCUCUCAUGCUUAGUAAUCUUUAUGUAAGAGCAUACAUUACUGAGAAAGUUGGAAUAUCUCAAUUACCUGAGACAAUAGCAUUCUUCUCACAAGUAGAUUGCGACAAGGUUCUGAGAAAAGAAGUGGAUAGUCCCUUUACCAAUCCGGAUGGCAGUACUGUUGAAAACGGAGUUGCUUGGACUUUUGAAGAUCUCCUGAAGCACAAUAAUGGAACAUUACGAAAAAUCAAAUAG